AUGAGGUUCCAGAUCGACGACGUGACGGUGUAUUUCCCAUACGAGCACAUUUAUCCGGAGCAGUACGAGUACAUGGUGGAGAUGAAGCGCGCCCUCGAUGCCCGAGGACAUUGCCUUCUGGAGAUGCCCACCGGCACCGGCAAGACGGUGGCGCUGCUCUCUCUCAUCGUCAGCUACGUCCUCGCCAAGCCGCAGCAGCCGCUUAAGCUCCUCUACUGCACGCGGACUGUCCACGAAAUGGAGAAGACCCUUGCCGAGCUCCGCUUCCUCUACGACCACCUCCCCUCGGGAACUCGCCUCCUCGCCCUAGGGCUCAGCUCCCGAAAGAACCUCUGCGUUAAUCCCAGCGUCGUCUCCGCCUCCUCCCGCGACUCCGUCGACUCCUCCUGCCGCCGCCUGACUGCCAGUUGGGUCCGCGCCCGCGCCGCCGAGGCGCCCCCCGGGACCGUCCCCUCCUGUUCCUUCUUCGAAUCCUACGACCGGGCGUCCUCUGGGGGCCCCGAAGCCGUCCUCCUUCCUCCCGGCGUGUACACGCUCCAGGACCUCCGGGCCUUCGGUAAAGAGAGGGGAUGGUGUCCCUACUUCCUCGCCAGACACAUGGUCAACUAUGCCAAUGUGGUAGUCUACAGCUAUCAGUAUCUUCUGGACCCCAAGGUGGCGGAGAUCAUCUCGCGAGAAAUGCAACGGGAAUGCAUCGUGGUAUUCGAUGAGGCUCACAACAUCGACAAUGUCUGCAUUGAAGCCCUCAGCGUGAGCGUUCGUCGCGUAACUCUUGACGGCGCCACCCGGAACCUCACCCGCAUGACCCAGGAGAUCGACAGGUACAUAUUGAUCGAACAGAGGAAAUCGGUUUUCAUUUUACUUUCCUCUGUGUACGUUGCUUUGUUGGAUUCGAUCAUCUUAUGAUUUUAUUCAUCCUAGCAAAUUGGACUGAGCGAACCGGAAAUUAUUGCUAGGGAAGGUUCAAGGCCACAGAUGCAGGCAGGCUGCGGGCGGAGUACAACCGACUUGUAGAGGGCUUGGCACAGAGGGGGAAUCUACCCAGUACACACGAGAACACAGAGGCUCCACCAUUUUUGUCCUUCUUGUUGGUUCCCUGACGGUCUGACAGCUUGUUGUUGUGUUCAACAGUUACUGACGCAUGGCUUGCCAACCCUGCACUGCCUGAUGACAUCUUGAAGGAGGCCGUUCCGGGUAAUAUCCGGAAGGCGGAGCAUUUCCUGUCGGUCUUACGGAGGUUGGUCCAAUAUCUGAAGGGGCGACUGGAUACUGAGAAUGUCGAGACUGAGAGCCCAAUUGGAUUUGUCGCAUCAUUGAAUUCCCAGGCUGGAAUUGACCAGAAAAUGCUCAAAUUUUGCUAUGAUAGGCUGCAUUCUCUCAUGAUGACACUUGAGAUAACUGACACAGACGAGUUUCUGCCCGUACAGACUGUUUGUGAUUUUGCCACGUUGGUUGGAACAUACUCGAAAGGGUUCUCUAUAAUAAUCGAGCCAUUUGAUGAGAGAAUGCCGAAUAUACCGGAUCCCGUGUUGCAGGUGCUCUUUGUUCUGCUGAUUUGUUGGCAUUGUUGGACGCGUCAUCAUUUCGUUUAACUAAUCCCUUACCAUCUACUGCUAUUCCAGCUUAGCUGCCAUGAUGCCUCGCUUGCAAUCAAGCCAGUGUUUGAUCGUUUCCAGUCUGUCAUAAUAACCUCUGGGACACUGAGCCCAAUCGAUCUGUAUCCUCGCCUUCUCAACUUUCAUCCAGUCAUCAGUCGAAGUUUCCAAAUGUCUCUGACGAGGGAUUGCAUAUGUCCCAUGGUCUUAACACGUGGAAGGUAUGUGGGGCUAUUUGGUUCGGGGUUUUUUUUUUCUGUCUAGAUGAGCUACAUAUGCCUGAAGAUGUUCAUUGGGGUUCUCUGUAUUGGAGAUGAUCUUGUUUUUAAAAUGUUUUCUCGCUGUAUUUAAUUAAACCAUAUUUUAUCUUAUUUAUGUCAUAUUCAUGUCGUAGCAGUUUUCUUAUCUUCAAUACCCCGAAUGGCAAACUUUCUUCAGAUCAUUUUUAUUUUAAAAGAUAUGUUUGGUUGUCUUGCCCUUCUUGAUUGAUAGUCUUGUGUUCUGAUAUCACAGUGAACUUGAUGUUUUUCUUCCAGUGAUCAGCUUCCUGUCAGCACAAAAUAUGAUAUGCGGAGUGAUCCUGGAGUCGUGAGGAACUAUGGACGGCUCCUGCUGGAAAUGGUGGGCGCUGUACCUGAUGGCAUCGUCUGUUUCUUUGUCAGCUACUCGUAUAUGGAUAGCAUCAUCAACAGUUGGAAUGAAAUGGGGAUUUUACAGGUGAUUCUUGCGCGUUCUUGAUAAUGCUUUCAACUUUUUCCAGGGUACUCAAGGAAAAUCAUGCUACUUGUCAAAAUCGAUCGAGUUUUCUUGCACAUAAAUUGACCAAAGUUGAAACCAUAAAAACUUUAAACGUCCAUCUUAUCUUUCUGUAGUCUCUGCGUUUUUCGCAUUCCUAUGGUGUGAGGUAUGCAUAAUGUUGCUUAUGAAUAUUAACUUCAAUGGGUUAUGGAUCCCUCUGUGGUGCGUCUUCAUCAUGCAACUAUGUAAUAUUCUAAAACAGUGCCGUAGGCUGUGUGAUUUUUAUUAAAUGAUUAUUUUUACUCUUUAUUCAGCUUACAAGUUUGUCCUGUUCGCCCCAACUGUUUAAUUUGGUCUUUCAAUUGGGAUAACAAUGUAUUGGCUUUAGUGAAAGAGCUAUAUUUGUUUCGGAACUCAUAUGGUCCACCUUAUGGAAAGGUCCUUCCAAAGCUUCGUCCUCAGUAAAUGCCAUUAACAAGCAAACACUUGCUAAUAUACUUUGCGUAAACUCUUUCACUAGGUUACGAAUGUGUUUUUUCGUUGUUCCUCCCCUUCUGGCUUCUCAACUCCGGAUCAAUGUAAUGUUGACCUUUGGUAAAUUUUCUGCCAAUAAUUGACAGAUAUCAUUAUCAGAAAAGCAGAUAGAACUCUUUUUACUCUGUUAAUGGUUUUUUUUGGGCUUCAAAGAAUUGUCACAAUUCUCAUUUGGUAUUUCAUUUUUAUUGCUAAUUGUUUGUCGCUUUCAGAUUCUGAAUAACUCAUAUUUUUCUGCUUCUCUAUUGCAGGAUAUAAUGCAGCAUAAGUUGAUAUUUAUUGAAACACAGGAUGUGGUGGAAACGACAUUGGCUCUGGAUAAUUAUCGCCGAGCAUGUGAUUGUGGCAGAGGUGCUGUCUUCUUCUCUGUCGCCAGGUAGUUUUUUAACUUUCUUCAUCUUAUAUGUGAAAUUAAUUCACAAACGAAACUGUUGAAUGCUUUAAUCAUCUCGCCGUUGUUACGUAAAAACUCUGUCAGCUCGUUUGCUUUGUUCAUGCUUUUUCCAAUUUCACUUCCUUGUGCAUGUCGACUCUAAACACUAGUGGUUUCCUUUUAACUGUGCAUUAGGGAAGAGAGCAACGUCUUAUGAUUAGUCAUGUGGUGCUUUCUCCGUAGUCUUUUCUUUGUAGAAUACCUCCAACUGUUGCUUGGAAUUUUUAUAUUCAUGGUUUCUCAGAGCUGAAUGAACAUAAGUUACGUCAGUACCUGAGAUGGCAUAAGUCGCAGGAUCUGGCUUUUUUCUGUGCAUUAGCCAGUAAUUGAUUCUUCAACACUAGAAAUUACUUCGAUCUGGUCGUCACGGUUAGGUGAUUUCUGUGAAUAAUAGUGCUAUGAGAAGGCUUAUUUUGCAUUGAUAAGUGCAAUAAUUUCCGCUUUUUCACAGGGGGAAGGUCGCAGAAGGUAUUGACUUUGAUCGUCACUAUGGAAGGCUUGUGAUCAUGUUUGGGAUUCCCUUCCAAUAUACACUUAGCAGGUAAACUAACUACACUAGCGAGGUAGAAUUCGCAUCUAAUCCUUCAUUGUUUCCCCGAGAUGGAGAUAAUUCUUGUUUCUAAUGUUAUUUUGUAUACUAGUGAGGAUUGGAUGUCAGAUGCGUAGCUGUUUACAGCUAAUUUUUUUAUCUUCUUUUCUUGCAGGAUAUUACGGGCCAGAUUAGAGUACUUGCGAGAGACAUUUCAGAUAAAGGAGGGUGAUUUUCUGACCUUUGAUGCAGUGGUAUGAUCUGCCCCGUUGUUAAUCAAACAUUUUAAAUCAUGAUUAAGAGUUAAAUGGUGGCCAUAUCUAUGAUGGAACAGAGGCAGGCGGCACAAUGUGUUGGACGAGUGAUUCGCUCAAAGGCAGACUAUGGAAUGAUGAUUUUUGCUGACAAGAGGUACAUCAUUUCUUAUGGUCUAUCAAUUUCCUUUCAGUUUUUUCUUUCUAGUAACUUUGUGAGAACUAUUACUGAAUCAGCUUCUUUUGGAAAAUAAAAAUAGCAGUGCUACAAUGAAGAUUUAAUUGUUUAAAUCUUGGAAAAUAAAAUCUUUGUUGUAAAUUUCUUUAAAUUCAAUCAGUGUGAACGGUGUUGAUAUACAGGGUGUGUUCCUUGGCAACCAUAUUGAUAUUGCCCAGCUAAAUGCCUAGACAGAUCUCAAGCCCGGGGAAAAGCCUGAACAUGGGCUUCAGGUUGGAACCCCCCCUAUGAAGCCCAGGCCCAUUCUAGAAAAAACCAGCCCACUAUAUAUAUAUCGGAAGAGAGAGAGAGGGAGAGAGGGAGAGCGAGAGAGAGAGAGAGAGAGAGAGAGAGAGAGAGAGAGAGAGAAGAGAGAGAGAGAGUACCCUUGUGGGUGAUUGCGAGACAAGCAUGGAGUAAAGAAAAUGGCCGGUGGGGUUAUGGGCUAGGCACUUCAAGAUGUCUCUAUCUUGGCCAAGCCUAAUUUUCUUUCUGGGCAUGCUUUCAAGGUCCAUAAAUUCCCAUUGCUCUGCGGAGUAUUGCGUUCAUAAACCAGGGUUUAUCUCGUCCCAUUUUCUGUAUAUUUUGGAAAAUAAAAUAAAAUUGUCAACCUCUCUCAGGUAUAGUCGUCAGGACAAGAGGAGCAAGCUUCCUGGGUGGAUUCUCUCCCAUCUGCGUGAUGCCCACCUCAACCUGAGCACAGACAUGGCCCUGCACAUAGCUCGCGAGGUCUGUUCUUGAUCUGAUGGCUCAAACCCUCUACCAUGCAGAAGACAGCUGCCCCCUCUCUUGUUGCCCAUCUGGGAGUAGACCUCCCAUUGGCCCUGUUCUUCGCAGCUCAGGGCCCUCCUCUUCCAUCAAUCAAUCCACAAAUUAUGUGUAUAUAUAUAUAUGUGUAUGAUUAAUUUAUUUGAUGCGAAUGUAGGGUUUUUUUCAUGGGUCUUGUUCUUCAUGCCAAUGCUUGGCCCCUUGGUUUCUCCUCUUCUGCAGUUCCUCCGGAGGAUGGCGCAGCCAUAUGAUAAGGCGGGCGUCGGGCACCAGAAAACUCUGCUGUCGCAGGAGGACCUGAAGAAGAUGAGCGAAGACUCUGGAAGCAUGGUUUGA